GUGCGGCCGCCCCUCCUGGCCGGGCUCCGCUCGCCUCGGCACACCCCGGCCGGAGGGCUGGCUGCUCACACAUCCGUCACGGUGCCUGAGAAAACACGGCGGUGACGUGCGGGUCCCCUCCUCCUGCCCGCGGACACCCGCCAGCGCGGAGCCCCGGAACUCCCUGCGUGAUGGAGAGGAUGGAGCUGCCGGGGACGUGUAGCGGUGCUCCUUUUUUAUGUGCUUAAAAAGGCAUCUCUGGUGGAGCCAGGCGGCAGGCAGGGAUCUCCAGGAAGCCCAUGGCCAGAGACGGGUGUUAUGGGACAUGGUGGAGGUGGGAGCUCUCCUAACAAUCCAGUGUCUACGCCUGAGAACCCCAGCCGUGCUUCUUUCCCACUCCUCUGCAGAAAGCUGUAGAGAAAGCACAGCACCAUGUACACCUUCCUGCCAGAGAGCUUCACACCGGUGAAGCAGAAGCCCUCCAAGGAGCUGAGGCCCAUGUUGGGUGCCAUCUUUCUGGGCCUCAUCCUGUUCAUUGCUGCAGUGGUGGCCUGGUGCUACUACACCGUGUCCCUGAGGAAGGCGGAGCGGCUCAAGACGGAGCUGAUGGACCUGCGGGCAGACGGCUUCGUCAUCCGCAACCAGCACGGGGAGGUGGUGUUCCGGCUGGCCUUCCGCUCGGGCAGCCUGGACCUGGAGUCGUGCUCCAAGGAGGGCGAGAUCCUGAGCUGCUCGCGCUCGAGCCGGGGGCCGCUCAACUUCUUCAUCCAGACGGUGAAGCCCAAGGACACGGUGAUGUGCUACCGCGUGCGCUGGGAGGAGCUGGCGGCCGGCCCGGCCGUGGAGCACACCAUGUUCUGGGAGGACGCCCACUGGUACGGGGGCUCGGAGAUGAGCACCCAGCACUGGCCCAUCCGCCUGGCCGGCUACCAGGAGCCCGUGCCCUACGUGACCAGCGACGUCUACUCCUUCCGUGACAGCUUUGGCGGCAUCCUCGAGCGCUACUGGCUCUCCUCCAAGGCGGCGGCCAUCAAGAUCAACGACUCCGUGCCCUUCCACCUGGGCUUCAACGCCACUGAGCGCACCCUCUUCUUCCAGGCCCGCUACAAGGACUCACCCUACAAGCCCCCACCGGGCCAGCAGCCCUUCCCCGAGCUCAGCUACCGCGUCUGCGUGGGCUCCGACGUCACCUCCAUCCACAAGUACAUGGUGCGCAGGUACUUCAACAAGCCCUCCAAGAUCCCUGCUGAGAACGCUUUCCGAUACCCCAUCUGGUCCACGUGGGCCCUCUACAAAAAAGAUAUAAACCAGGAUAAAGUUCUGAAUUUUGCAAGUGACAUUAAGAAGUACCAUUUUAACUGCAGCCACAUUGAGAUUGAUGAUAUGUACACCCAAGCCUAUGGAGACUUUGACUUUGACCCUGUCAAGUUCCCCAAUGUGACAGAGAUGUUUGCAAAGCUGAGGGAAGAUGGGUUUAAGGUCACUCUGUGGAUUCAUCCUUUUAUACAUGCAAAUUCACCCAAUUAUGAAGAGGGGAUUGAGCGUCAGCUGUUCAUCAAGGAGCCGUCGGGGCGGCUGCCGGCCAUGGUGGAGUGGUGGAACGGCAUCGGGGCCAUCCUGGACUUCACCAACCCAGCAGCCCGUGACUGGUUCCAGAGCCACCUGCGCCAGCUCCGGCACAAGUAUGGCAUCUCAUCCUUCAAGUUUGACGCGGGUGAGACCAGCUACCUGCCCAAGCAGUUCAGCACCUUCCGCCCACUGUCGGACCCCAGCAUCUGGUCCCGGCGCUACACGGAGAUGGCCAUCCCCUUCUACGAGCUGGCCGAGGUGCGCGUGGGCUACCAGUCACAGAACAUCUCCUGCUUCUUCCGCAUCAUUGACCGGGACUCUGUCUGGGGCUACGAGCUUGGCCUCAAGUCCCUCAUCCCCACUGUCCUCACCAUCAGCAUGCUGGGGUACCCAUUUGUGCUUCCAGAUAUGAUUGGAGGAAACUUCCUCCCCAACAGGACAGAGGGAGCUGUGGAGAUCCCUGACCGGGAGCUGUACGUGCGCUGGCUGGAGCUGUCGGCCUUCAUGCCCUCCAUGCAGUUCUCCAUCCCUCCCUGGCUCUACGACAAGGAGGUGGUGGAGAUCGCGCAGAAGUUCACGGAGCUCCACGAGUCGCUGGUGGCCCCGCUGCUGCUGGAGCUGGCGGGGGAGGUCACCGACACAGGCGACCCCAUCAUCCGUCCCAUCUGGUGGAUCUCGCCCCGCGACGAGGCCGCUCACCGGAUCGACUCCCAGUUCCUCAUCGGGGACACCCUCAUGGUGGCUCCUGUGCUGGAGAUGGGCAAGCAGGAGCGGGAUGUCUACUUGCCAGCGGGCAAGUGGCGCAGCUACAAGGGGGAGCUGUUUGAGAAGACCCCAGUUCUGCUCACCGACUAUCCCGUUGGCCUGGACGAAGUUGCCUAUUUCCUCUGGGUUUCCUAACAGGCUCCUCUUCAGCUGUGCAGUAGACUCAGUGAUUAGUUUGCCAAUGGCUUUAAUGACCUGACAAUUUUAAUAAUUUUUAAUAUAGCAAUAUUUCAGAAUUAAAUUUGAAGGAGACACUGAGACCACUGUUCUGUGUGGCAAGUAAAUGUUCUACAAUAACUUAUUAAAAUGUAUUGGGAGCUGAUGCAGGAGUUAGGAGUUUGCAUCUCCCAUGGCCUGAGCUAUCUGAGCAGCAAGAAAGCUACAGCACUUUCUAAUGCUGUGGCAAUUGUCUUCUCCCUUUUAUAAAUUACUGAGAACCAUGUUCAUUGUGUGCAUUCAGGUAAGCCUGUAAAAUGUGGUGAUAUCUCAUGGUAGUAGAGAUUAAAUCCUAAUAUGACAUCAUGCAGGGAUUUAUACUUAGUAGGAUCCAUGUGGGUUUUAGGACCAUGUUUAGGACAAAGGAUGCAAUCUGUCAGUUGCUAGGAGAGAACUUGGCUCCCUCAGAGAGUUCAGGCAAUUAACAAAUCAGCCUGAGUACCCAGCUGAUUUGCUGAUUUUUCAGUACCCUCAAUUUCCCCACUGAGAAUGUUUUCCCAUCCUGUGUUAAUGGAGAUCCCUGUCCAUGGCAGGUGGAUCCUUCACUAUCCUUCUGCCACACCUCUCCAGAAUGAAGAUGUCUCAGCAGGUCCUGAAGGCUGCCUGUGAAACACCCUCCACUCUUGGUCCAACAUUCCCUGCUAUUUUUAAGCAAAAAAGAAAUUUUAGGUUGACACAACUGAGCAGUUUAAGAGAGUCCAGGGGUCUCUGGGCUGCAAUGUGCCUUCCCAAAGUGAGAGACAGACCACUUUGCUGGCUCCAGCUCACUUUCAGUGGGCACCUGGGAGGUAAAGGGUGUGUGUGUCCCCAGGGUAAGAGAAAGCUCCCUUUUUUUAGGGGUUUUCCCCAGGGCUACUCCAUAUAAAAAGUAAACAAAAUGGGUCUGGGAAACAUUGUACUCAGUCAAGAGCUUGUUUGGCACCCAGAGGAAUCAGUCCCAAAACUGGCUCAAACCUGUUAUCCAUCAGUAGGUCCACUGUGUCAUGAGGACCCUGCAUGGACACAACAGCAGUGCCAAGUGGGAUGAGCCAGAACAUCUUUUAGAUGCCCCUGAGAGCAGCUGGAGUUGCAGUAAUGAUAUCGCUGGUGUGGCAGUGGAGAGGGAAACCCAGCCUUAAUCCAGGGAUGUGAAAGGGAAAGCAAUGUUCAGUCUGGCAUUUGUGCUCAGCGUUAACAGGGCACCACUGAAUCCUUACCACAGGCUUUCUCCCAUGCCAGGAUAGUAGUUUCCAACGAGGCACCUCCCCCAGGGCUGAGAAAGUGUUUCUACAGCUGCUGCUUCAAAGCCCCAGAUGGUCCCUCACAUCGGGUCUUGGGGUGGGGGUCCCAGGAGGCGGCCCAGCAAAAUUCCCCUAGCUAUUGUUGCUGCCUUAAACAAAAAGUUUUCUGCAAAGCUCAUGCCCAAAGUGCUGAGAGCCAAGACUCCAUCACCCUCAUACAGUACCUCUGCCCCUGUGAUCAAAGUGCUCUGUGUGCACACACAGCUCUGCCACCCAACUACACCACAGGCUGAUGGAAAAAAAACCAGGCAACAUUGAGACUUCCUGCAAACUGUGGGGAUGACAUGGGAUGCCUGGUCCCAUGGCUGCAAAAAUGUCUCCUCCAUCCCUUUCCAAACUGUCCCUCAGUGCCUUUCCUUGCUUCCCAGCUGAGCCACAGGAAGCCACAGGGAACAGGCACUGAAGGCAUCCUGUGAACAGGUGGCACCACAGCCACCUCUCCAUGCCCUCCUGCCAGGGGAGGAGCUGUGUGCUGUUGGAGGGACAUCCUGUUUGUCUUGCUAAGCUUCAGUCCCGGUUGAUUUUUUACACUGCCAGUGCCGUGGAAGAGCUCUUUGCUGGAGGUGCUGGUGACGUGAAACUCUCCUCCAGAACCUGGCUCACCACAGGCCGCCUGUUUUUUGGCAGUGGGUGUUUACUGCCCUCUUUGAUGACUGCUGAGCUAAAAAACACCCAGCCCUACAUCCAAAAUAAAAAACCCAAACAAAUAAAAAACUGUUUUUCUCUACUUGGCCUCUGGGA